CUGCGGGACCGGGGGGCUGCGGGACCGGGGGACGCGGCGGGAAGGCGGCCGGGCCCCCUCAGCCCCGGACAGGCCGCGGCGGCCUCCCGGCAGCGGGGCCGGCUGGACAUACCGGAGGGGGACACCGAGCACCGGAGGGAGACACCGAGCACCGGCGGUGACACCGAGCACCGCGGGGGACACCAAGAGUGGGGAAACGCUGAGAACCGGAGGGGGGAUACCGAGCACGGGUGGACACUCGGCACUGGGGGGACACUGAGCGCAGACGGGGACACAGGCAGGAGAAGCCCAGCACUACGCUCUUGGGAAGAAAAGGGAUGGAAAUGAAGCCCUGGUUAACUCUGGGAGGAGGAGGCAGGCCGAGGGAAGGGCUCGGUGCUCAGCCGCGGCUGCUGCGUUUGCUGAGGAGCCGGGGAGGUGCGGCUGGAUGGGGACGAGGGCCGGGAGAGCAGCGGGAGGCAGCCCUGGCCUCGGACGGGCCUUUGACGCUGACAGAGUGUCGCAGGAUCCAGUGGAAGAAGCCGCCUUCCAAACUGUGCUGCUCAGAGCAGUUGCUGCUCUCAGCUGUCAAGGCCUCUGAGCUGUUGCUGCAGGGAAGAGGACAGGGCUGCCUGGAGCCAUGUCCAACGAUCCACCCCCACCCUACCCGGGGGGCCCCUCGGCACCGCUGAUAGAAGAGAAGCACGGCCCACCCUCGGCACCAGAGGGUGUCACCCCCGUGGUGGGACAGCCCCAGGGGGUUCCCAUCCCCCCUCCUGAGUUCGGACCCCCCCCAUAUGAGCCCCCCUCGCAGCCGGGGUUUGUGCCCCCCCACAUGCCCACGGAUGGCUCUGGGCCCUAUGUGCCACCAGCAGGAUACUACCCACCCCCAGGCCCUCACCCCCCCAUGGGCUACUACCCUGCCCCAGGCCCCUACCCCUCUCCUGGUGGCCACACGGCCACAGUGCUCGUCCCACCGGGAGCUGCCACCACAGUCACAGUGCUGCAGGGAGAGAUCUUCCAGGGUGCCCCGGUGCAGACCGUGUGUCCCCACUGCCAGCAAGCCAUCACCACCAAGAUCUCCUAUGAGAUUGGGCUCAUGAGCUUCCUUCUUGGCUUCUUCUGCUGCUUUGUGGGGUGUGAUCUCUGCUGCUGCCUGAUCCCCUGCCUGUUCGAUGACUUCAAGGACGUGACACACACGUGUCCCAACUGCAAGGCCUACAUCUACACGUACAAGCGCAUGUGCUAACGGCACCCGGGAGCCACUGGAGUGCCGCCGGCCCUGUCCCGCUGCCGUCCGUCUCCGCGUGUGCAUCACCCCUCGCUUCCCCCGCCGGUGGUGUGUAUGUGUUAUCCCCGGCUCCCUCCCGCGCAGAGCUGCCACCACCUGCCCCCAGCUCUGCUCCUCACUUGGAAUAGUUGGAUUGGUGACACUGGUGCACAGGGGAGGUGGGCCCAGGUCUAGACGCUGUGUGGGGGCUGCCCUGCAGUGCACAGGAGUGGGAGGCAGCGCUCUGCACCCCACUAUGCUUCAGGGUGUGAGCGAGGCCCUUCUCACCUGGAGCAACCCUGGGAAGAGCAGCAGCUGCUGGAGGUGCCCACCCCAGUCCCACAGUGCAGGGGGUGCCUGGCUGCAGGGAUGUGCUGGGAUGGGAGCCCAAGAGGGGACCCAGGCAGCCCACGGUGCCCUCAGGGGAUGCAGCACAGCCUUUGUGGCACUUUCAGGAAGGGGCUCAGUGACAAGGAGACAGGGCAGUGCCACACACCAGGUUUCCGUGUGGUUCACAGCCUCCUCCAGCCCCGCGGCAAAGCCCCUUCCCGAGCGGAGGCAGAGCAGCAGCACUGCCCCCUUAUCAGCACCUCCGUCCUGCCCGGCGGCCACUCCAGCUGCAUGCGCCUCCUCCCGGCCCCGCCGCGGCUCUGGGGCGGGGACAGCCCCGAGCAGCCCUCGCCCCCCGGCAACCUGAGAGCCAAAACCGCACCCGGCAUGUCCUGGCUGCCCGGCACGUAGAGUAGAGGAGUUUGUUCCCAGGCCGCAGCUCCGGAGCCGUCCUGGGCCCGGCAGGGUCUGUAGGGUUCUCCUUGCAUGUGGUGUAGGGGGUUAUUUUUAGCUUCUGUGGGGCAGAAGGAAGGGGCAAGCAGGCAGCGACAGGAGCUGCCAGCAGCACUCGCACAGCAGGGGCAAGAGGAGCUGGGAGCCAAGUUCAGCCUCUCAGGGCUGCUCCUCCCUCCCCUGCCCCUGCAGCUCCCAGAGCGAAGUUGGGGGGCGUCUCUCAGAACACAGGUCUGCAAACACAGCCUGGCCUGCACAGGCUGCUGCUGUUUGCUCAGGGGUGGAACUGUGGCACUAGUCAGUGUUUUUAUGUAAAUAAAUAACAGACCCUGAA